AUGGCGUCAUCCUCCACCGUCAAACGCCUCCUCAGCGAACUGAAAAACUACACAAACAACCCGAAUGAGCACCUCCUCCACCUCGGACUCGUCGACAACGAUGACCUCUUCCAGUGGGAGGCAGUACUCAAGGGUGUAAAGGGAACUCCAUACGAAGGUGGCCUGUGGUCCCUCUCAAUAACAAUCCCCCCAAAUUACCCCAACGCACCACCCACAAUCCGCUUCAACACCCGAAUCUCCCACCCCAACAUCUCCUUCACCACCGGCGAAAUCUGCCUCACCCUUCUCACAACGGAGCACUGGACUCCCGCGUAUACGCUCUCGCAAACCCUGACGGAGAUUCACCAGCUCCUGACGAACCCAGAACCCGAUAGUCCGUUGAAUGUGGAUGUGGCGGUCUUGUUGAGAGACGGGGAUAUCCCGGCUUGGGAGAGUAUCGUGCGGUAUUGGACGGAAGAGGAGAGGUGGCAGGGUCCCGAGUCCGCUUCUUUUUCGCGGGCUUAG